AUGAGGAAGGGACUCGGACAGUUGGAAUGCACCCGUAGACUCGGAAUAUUGCUAUUCUUGUUGGCCCUCUUUUUGUUGGCAUGGCUGGCUUUCGCAACAUCAGAAAUCGGCAUGGAGAAACAUCUGAAUGUUCUGACCGACACUAUACGCCCAAAAUUAUCAUCUCCAUCCAAUACGAUUUGGUCUGCUUCGUCAAAUGUAGAUCUUUCAUCAAAUGCUCCAACCAAUAGUAGAUUUGAUCAUCUCCCAAAACACGAUCACGAUCCUAGUGAGCUGCGGGCUUGGUUUACUGCCAGAGCUCGCAAUAAUACUAUAAUGAUGUCUCAGACAAACAAGGCAGGCACUCCGUUUACCAAGAAUAUGAUAUGUAGUCUAGUAAAAUCAGAUCCUACUGUCAUUCAACACAUCAUUAUAUGGGCAACUGAUGAAGAGGCCGCCAAGGAUUUGUUGCUCUUUGAGGCUGAAACCACUCGGUUGACUGGCUACAGCUUUGGUGUUUAUUUUGACAGGAGGUAUCAAACAAAUCAAGUCUGGAACGGCGGGUGGGAUAAUUCUACCGGUUAUUUCGAGAUCAUGGAUAUUCGUCGCCUAGUGUUUGCUCGUGUUAUCGAAAUAUUGGAUAUGAGUCUAAUAUUUGUCGAUGGGGAUGUCGUCUUCUUCAAAAAUCCAUUUACAACCCUCAAUGUUCCAUUUGGUGUUCCUGGUCUUGCACAUGGACUGGAAGAGGAUGAAAUCACAGUGUGGGAGGACUUGUACAAUGAUCUCCCGGACCUAGUUUAUAGUACAGAUGCGAGAAAGCAAUUUGAUGACCUAGAUGACCCUUACGAAGGCGAGCCCAGGGUGCCUAAGUUAUGUGGUGGAUUUUUUUAUGCUAGAGUAAAUGGCAGAACAAAAUUAGUAUUUAAGUCACUUCUUGCCAUGAAGAUGAACGACCAAUGGGGCAUGGUAGAUUUGCUCAAUAACUAUUUUGAUUCGGUACUCGUAAAUCCCUUACCCUUGGGUAUCAAAAGUCGAAAAGAUCGCCCUCAGAAUGCUAGGGCAACCAAUAUUGCUAGAGAUGCAGUCCGUGUACUCAUCCUUUCUCAAGUUGCCUAUAUGAAUGCACUCUCUCACCAAACUUCGCCAUCAGAGUUACCUGAGCAUUUCCAUUCCAGGAUGAUGGACUUGGAAGAACGAGGCGAAUCACGUGUGCUCUAUCACCCAAACUGGUGGAGUCGCAACAAGACUAGAAUUUUUGAAGAUCAUCGACUUUGGACGUUGGCUUUGGACCAUCAAACUUGUGCUAUAGAACCAGAAAUUCCAGACUACUGUAAUGAUAUCGGUGUCAAGGACGUCGUCACAGACAUCAAACCUCUAGAGACACCAACAGUAUCUGCAACAGAGGCUUGGCGUCAUGUUGAGCAGGUGCAAGAUGGUCCUUCUCCAAACAGCAUUCCUCGUGAACUGAAAGAGGCAUUUCUGAAUUCCCCUGCUCUGGAAUUCCAACAGAAAUUCAUGAACGAGACACGCAAAAACACAUUCUGGUCUCCAUCAUACAUCAAUAAUUACCGUUCAUUUGUAAAUUCUCGAAAGCCAUUCUUUUCACAGAAUGUAACAGACCUCUACCUUGCUUUGGAAAGUUGGGCAUCGACAGCUGUCCAGAAUAAACGAUGUUUAGUCAUCGGCUCAGAUGAACCGUGGCAAGAGGCAAUGCUGCUAGAGUUUGGGGCGUCGCAUGUGUCCACUGUAGAAAUGGCCAGCAUCGACUCGAGACAUCCUCUGACUAGAAUGUAUACCCCAACUCAAUUCGAGAAGGCUCAUCAAAGAGGUAGUCUCCAGCCAUUUGACUGUUGUCUAGUCACCAGCUGGCUUCAGCAUACCGGGCUAGGCCGAUAUGGUGAAGGUCUAGAACCUGCUGGUGACCUGUAUGCCAUGAGACGCAUUAUGAGUGUUCUUAAGCCGGGUGGAAUAGCAUUUGUUGGCAUCCCAACCGGCGAUGAUGCUCUUAUAUGGAACGAAGGCCGGAUUUAUGGACGCGGUAGACUGCCCCUGUUAUUUGCAGGUUGGGCAAUUAAGAGUGUGUACCCAGAAAAGGUGUUUCAUGGUGAUAAGCCGUCAUAUUCGAUUUGGGUGUUGAAAAAUACGGCUGCCUGUACAUAG